AAAUCACAAUGUGUGAACUCGAUGUGUCCCAAAAUUAUUGUCCAGUUUGAAAUUUCAUUUUUAGUGCAAUUUGAACUAGAAAUGAAAAUCCAAAUUGGAUAAUAAUUCUGGGACGAAGGGAGUAUAAUUUUUAUAUGGGACAGGACACAGGACAGUUCAUGUCUUAACCUUUUCUCGUAAUUGAAGAACCAUUAGCACAUACGUAUAGAUAUGUUGUAGUUGUUAGUCACAUUUAUAUUGCUCCACUUUGUCUUCUUCCUUUUCUUUUCUUUUCUUUUAUUUUAUUUUUUCCUUCAGUUCAGUUUUCCUCCUCCUGGACAACACAAUUGCUCUUCCAGCAUUUGGCUCUAAUUUCAGGUAUUGAUCAUUUACUUGAUGAAGGUCAACUCUUGAUUGUUUUGUUUUUAGAGGGUCUUAAAAUUUAGAUUCAUUUUUCUUCUUCUUACUCAUUUUUCAGGUAUUAAUCACCUCACUUCUCAGCUGCAAGCUUAGAGUGUAGUUCUUCUUUUUUCACUUGCUUUAGUGGUUGUGAACUCUUCGAGAUUAUGUUGAUUAAAACUUGAUUGCAACUUUUCUGCCUAAACCAGAACUUGUUGAUUGAGUGGUUUUGCAGGAAGAAAUUAUGGCUCAGAUUUUGCUCCAUGGGACUCUUCAUGCCACUGUUUAUGAGAUAGAUAAGCUGCAUAGUAAUUUUGGUCUGAACCUUGUACAUAAGGUAAACCAUUAAACCUUAUUGUUGUUCUCAGUUGUAAGUGAAGUUAAACAGGCUGUUCUACCUUUCUUUUACUCAAGACCUUUCUGAUAUCCAGAUCAUAAACAUGUACUUGUUGUCUGGUCUAAGGUGAUCCUUAAUACAAGCUCUGACAGAGUUCAGAUUUUUUGUAGCUUGGUUUCACAUAUGUCAGUUGAAAAAAUGUGGAGUGGAAAGACAAAAAAUUGUGAAGUCCUUUUGUUUGCUUUUCACAUACUAUUCUUUUGGAGUUAAAGGAUCAAAGUAAGAAUUAGCAAUAAAAGAAGGUUAUGGAUUAAAGGUUUCAACUAGUUAGUUGGAGCACAGAAGCAAAGCUCUAUUCUGGUCUGCUGAUACUAUGUUUCUGCAAACUUAUCUCUGGUUCUGAUUGAAUCAAGAACUUUUCCGGUUUGAGGGCUCUAGUGUUAAAGACUAGAAAGUUUCAAAUCUGGAGAGAUCAGUGCUGCAUAAGAUUAGUACAAUGGAGUUUACGAAGUAGCGAUCUCUUGGUUUUUCAUUUGGCUUCUCAAUUGCUUUGAGAUAUACUAAUCUGACUUCAUUCAACUAAAUACUGGACAGCCUAGCUUUCUUUAUUAAAUUCUUUUCCUUAUACCUCCUUUAUCAAUUUUUUUUUCUGUUGGACGAGCAAUUUCUUCUGUUUUAGCAUUUGUGUUUAUCCGCAUAUUUACAGUAAAAUCAUAUGGUUCAUCUGAUCUGCUCAUUGGAGUGUCUUUGUAAAUGGAACUCUUGAUGAAAUGGCUCUGCCUGAAGCCUUUUCAUGGCAUAUGAGAAACUUUUUGUUACCUUUUUCGGUUAUAAUAUCACAAUGUUUUAUCUUUCUUGAAGAGUUGUGUUAUGCAGAAGGGUUCAAUUUCAUUUACUUGCCACUGCUUGGUUAAUGGUUUGGCCUUUAUAUUUCUUCCUAAAAUUAGUCUAUAUCUUCAAAAUCUCCUUCUACUGUUAUAGAUUGUUGGGGGGCUCGAGCAAGCUGUUGGCUUCAAAAACACUGGUUCCAGGCUAUACUCGACAAUUGACUUGGAGAAAGCUCGAGUUGGUCGAACUAGACUACUUGAACAAGCUUCAAAUCCUCGAUGGUAUGAGUCAUUUCACAUAUACUGUGCACACAUGGCUUCAAAUGUCAUAUUCACCGUCAAACUAGACAACCCGGUUGGGGCAGAACUAAUUGGAAGAGCAUAUAUUCCUGUACAAGAAAUCUUGGAAGGUGAAGAAGUGGACACAUGGCUUCCUAUUCUGGACAAUGAUCAUAAGCCUAUCCACGGUCAUUCCAAAAUCCAUGUGAAAGUGCAGUUUUUUGAUGUUACUCGCGAGCGUACUUGGGCUCGAGGUAUCAGAAGUGGAAGGUUUCCGGGUGUUCCAUAUACAUUCUUCAGUCAGCAUGGUGGAUGCAAAGUUACUUUGUACCAGGACUCACAUGUUCCUGACAAUUUCAUUCCUAAAAUUCCUCUUGCUGGUGGCAAAUUCUACGAGCCUCAUCGUUGCUGGGAGGACAUUUUUGACGCCAUCAACAAUGCAAAGCAUCUGAUCUAUAUCACUGGCUGGUCUGUCUAUACUAAUAUCACCUUGAUAAGAGACUCAAGAAGGCCAAAGCCGGGUGGAGACAUGACUUUGGGUGAACUUCUUAAGAAGAGGGCGAGUGAAGGCGUAAGAGUUCUUAUGCUUGUUUGGGAUGACAGAACUUCUGUUGGGUUGCUGAAAAAGGAUGGUUUGAUGGCGACUCACGAUGAAGAUACCGAAGUGUAUUUCCAAGGCAGUGAAGUCCACUGUGUGCUGUGUCCACGCAAUCCUGAUGAUGGGCGGAGCAUAAUCCAGGACAUAGAGAUAGGAGCAAUGUUUACACAUCACCAGAAGAUUGUUGUUGUAGACAGUGAACUGCCUAAUGGGAAUCCAGAAAGGAGGAGGAUUGUGAGUUUCGUUGGCGGUAUUGAUCUUUGUGAUGGAAGAUACGAUUCGCAGUUCCAUUCCCUUUUCAGAACAUUAGACACAGCCCACCAUGAUGAUUUCCACCAGCCUAAUUUUGAGGGUUCCUCGAUUCAAAAAGGCGGUCCAAGAGAGCCAUGGCAUGACAUUCAUUCUAGGCUGGAAGGCCCUGCUGCUUGGGAUGUUCUGUUCAACUUUGAGCAGCGUUGGAGGAAACAAGGUAAAAAGGACUUGCUUGUGGAACUGAGAGAGCUGGAAAGCAUCAUAAUCCCGCCAUCUCCAGUCACGUUUCCAGAUGAUCAGGAAACCUGGAAUGUUCAGGUGUUCCGCUCAAUUGAUGGUGGAGCCGCUUUCGGUUUCCCUGAAGCUCCUGAGGAAGCAGCAAAAUCCGGACUUGUUAGUGGGAAAGACAACAUUAUUGACCGAAGCAUUCAGGAUGCUUACAUCAAUGCAAUUCGACGCGCAAAACAUUUCAUUUACAUUGAGAACCAGUAUUUCCUUGGAAGCUCAUUCUCGUGGUAUUCAAAUGACAUCAAAGAUGAAGAUGUAGGCGCUCUGCAUCUAAUCCCUAAGGAACUGUCUCUCAAGAUUGUGAGUAAGAUUGAGGCAGGGGAGAGGUUUACUGUUUACAUUGUGGUUCCUAUGUGGCCAGAAGGCAUUCCAGAGAGUUCAUCUGUACAAGCAAUACUGGAUUGGCAAAGGAGGACAAUGCAAAUGAUGUAUAAAGACAUUACUGAAGCCCUCCGGUCAAAGGGCAUUGUGGCGAACCCGAAGGAUUAUUUGACAUUUUUCUGCCUGGGUAACAGGGAAACAAAGAAGAGUGGAGAGUAUGAACCUUCUGAGAAACCAGAACCUGAUACAGACUAUUAUCUAGCGCAACAAGCCAGGAGGUUCAUGAUCUAUGUUCACGCCAAAAUGAUGAUAGUUGAUGAUGAAUAUAUCAUUGUUGGAUCGGCAAACAUCAACCAGAGAUCAAUGGACGGCGCGAGAGACUCGGAAAUCGCGAUGGGAGCGUUUCAGCCAUACCAUCUCUCCACCAGGGAACUAGCCAGGGGACAAAUUCAUGGCUUCAGGAUGGCAUUAUGGUAUGAGCAUCUAGGCCUGUUAGACGAUGUAUUCCUCCGGCCUGACAGCCAGGAAUGCAUCCAGAAGGUUAAUCAGAUAGCUCUCAAGUACUGGGAUCUCUACACCAGUGAAAACCUCGAACAUGAUCUUCCAGGCCACCUGCUCGCGUACCCGAUUGGAGUCGCCUCUGAUGGCGAGGUCACCGAGCUUCCUGGAACAGAACACUUCCCGGACACGAAAGCUCGCGUUCUCGGAGGGAAAGUGGAUUACUAUCCUCCAAUUCUCACUACAUAAUAAGCAAGGGGAUUUAUAAAGGCUUUGGUUUGCUUCGAAAAUAAAACUCCUCCUUCGGUUUGGAUGUGAAAGGAGAGCGUUUUUAUAAUAGUGAUGGUAUUGUCAAUUGUAUGCUUGCGUUUUGAAUGUAAUUUCUUGACCUUUGGGGACAACCUGAGAAGCACUCUAGGGUAGACCAAUGUUGGCAGUUCAUCUUUCUGGAGUCGCUCUCUUUGUUCCAUCUUUCUUUCAAACCAUGAAUUCUCAUGAGCUGCUACAUAUCGUCCCUGAUAGCCCAACUUUGAAUGUCAGGUUCAGAUAAGAUCUUCAUCCGGAAACAUCCUCCUGUAAAAUGGAUUUCUAUUAUAAUGAUACUACUAAACCUGGGGACAUUCUAUUGCCAGGGUCAACUUUUUUUAGUACCAUCAAAUACAGUAUACUCCCUCCCUCCGUCCCAUAAUUAUUGUCUAGUUUAAGUUUUCAUUUUCAGUUCAAAUUGUACUAAAAGUGAAAUAUCAAACUGGAAGGCGGUCUACUCCUACCUUGAAUCAAUGUUAGUCCUUAGGCGUUGUUCCUGUCUGGCUUUGGAAACUGGAAUGUAAUAAACCGCAGAAACUUCACAAGAUCUAGCGAAAAUAUGUUUGUUUCGUUUUUUUAGUGUGUGUUUUUAUGUGUUUUUUGUAUUGUGAAUGUAAAAAGAUGUAUUGAAAAUGUAAAAAGGUAUGCUGGGAU